AACGCUGCAUCAUUGCACGCCAAAAAGUGCUCAAUUUAAUGACCAGAUCUAGAAUGUAGCCAAAUCUGUGCGCAGCAUAGCACAGUGGCCUACUUUGUUUCGGGCAACAUGUUUGAUCUGAGUGAACUAAGGGCCCUGCCCCUACCUUUACUCUAUGUGGGGGCAACAGCAAUCUUCCUUUUAGCUAUCGCCACGUUGCGACUGAUCAGCAACAGCUUACCCACAAAGGCACCGCCUAUCUUUGAGGGACUCCCCUUUAUUGGCGGCAUCAUGAAGUUUGCAAGCGGCCCUAUGAAGCUUAUGGCAGAUGGAUACGAGAAGUAUGGCGAGGUUUUUACUGUCCCUGUCCUGCACAAGCAGUUCACGUUCUUGCUAGGGCCUCAUGUGUCCGGCCACUUCUUCAAGGCCAAUGACGACGAGAUGAGUCAGAAGGAGGUGUAUGAGUUCAAUGUGCCUACUUUUGGGAAGGGUGUGGUCUUUGAUGUGGACCACAAGGUCCGGGCAGAGCAGUUCAAAUUCUUUGCAGAGGCCCUGAAGUCGGCGAAGCUAAAGCUUUACGUGCCAUACUUCGUGCAAGAGGCACAGGAUUACUUUGCCAAGUGGGGGGACGAGGGCGAAGUUGAUUUCGCCAAGACCUUCUCUGAGCUCAUCAUCCUGACAGCCUCAAGGACGCUCAUGGGGAGGGAGGUGCGCGAGAGCAUGUUCAACCAGGUGGCAGACCUGUUCCACGACCUGGACAUGGGCAUGCUGCCCAUCUCAGUCAUCUUCCCCUACCUUCCCAUCCCCGCCCACUGGAACCGCGACAGGGCGAGGAAGGAGCUGGCGAGCAUCUUCAGCCGCAUCAUCCAGGCGCGGCGAGGCAGCGACAGCAAGGAGGACGACAUGCUGCAGUCCUUCAUCGACUCCCGCUAUGAAAAGGUGUACGGCGGCCGGUACCUGAACGACGAGGAGAUCACGGGGAUGCUGAUAGCGACGCUGUUUGCCGGGCAGCACACCUCCUCCAUCACCUCCUCCUGGACCGGCCUCACCAUGAUCCGCGACAAGGCGGCGUGGGCGGCCGCGGAGGAGGAGCAGAGGGCGGUGGUGCGCGCGCGAGGGGAGGAGCUGUCAAUAGACGCGCUGAACGACAUGGAGGUUUUGGGCCGCAACAUGACCGAGGCGCUGCGCCUCUUCCCGCCGCUCAUCAUGCUCCUGCGCGCCGCCAAGGCCCCCUUCGCCGUCACCACCUCCACCGGCAAAACCCACGUCAUCCCCAAGGGCCACGUGGUCGCCACAUCGCCGGCGUUUGCGCACCGGCUGCCGCACGUGUUCCGCAAUCCAGACGACUUUGAACCGGAGCGCUUUGUGGCGCCGCGCGAGGAGGACAAGGCGGCGCCCUUUUCCUUCAUCGGCUUUGGCGGCGGCCGCCACGGCUGCAUGGGCUCCAACUUCGCCAUCCUCCAGAUCAAAUCCAUCUGGAGCGUGCUGCUGCGCAACUUUGAUUUUGAGUUGGUGGACCCCUUCCCAGAGCAGGACUUUGAGUCCAUGGUGGUUGGGCCCAAGCCGUGCCGCGUGCGCUACAGACGGCGCAAACUCACACUCUGAUGAGCGUUUGGAAGUGAUCAGAAGAGUGCGUAGCUCUUUGCGCGUCACACGCAUGCAUGAUGAACGAGAGUGCGUUGAAGGACUUCUUUUGGGGUGUGUGAGAGAAAGUUGAAUGGUACUGUUGAUAUUUAAUUAUGAACAUCUGCGCUUAGUGAUGUCAACAGCACUUCCGAGCAAGCAGGAAACGUUUGCGAGCUUGUCCGUUUGACGUUGUCUGUCAGGAGGGUCCAGACAGAUCUGAGAGCUGGAGUUGCUAUUGUGAUUCACACGCUGUAGCUAGCAUGAUCGAGUACAUACGUGUCGCAGUAGUGACAAGCUUAAGUUUUGAAGGUCUAUAUAUCAUGAUCACACCUGUCACCGUCACUUGUGGAGUUUUGGCUGGAAUAUAUCGCGCAAAUUUGGCUGCACAGCCAUGAAAGAGAUUGGGAAAGGUGGAGAUGCUUUGACAGUUGCAAUCAUGAAAGUGUACACGCUGAGCCUCUGGAAGUCUCUUGUGCACUAUGAUUAAACAUGCUUGCAAGAUAAGCUCUCACAGCCAGGUGUGCACAUAUAAACCACUCGAAAUCUACAUUUUAAGAUCUUCAUUCACCCUGACAGGCAAAUAAUGCGCUCAUACACUGUCAAAUUCAAAUCACGUCUUGGUCUCAUUUGAAUGAGAUCAAUGAUUCUGACGACGUGAUCGUAACAUGCAUGAGUGUUUUUUACUUAUCUAUUUUAUUGUAUGCAUUCUUGCUACAUCCCCUUUCGAACCAAUCUUAAAGGGGCAGGCGCUCCAUUUUGGUGCUGGCCCGACAGUACAGCGCAUUCAGCUCAGGAGGAUCUAAUCACGCCUGACACACAUGCUCUCAAAAGCACAUGUGAACGCUACUGUCUCACCAGCAGAUGCAGAGCCUGCUCGGUACUCUCCUUGUCAGAGCAGAUCUUCCAGGACUGAAACUUCCCUGGACACUGUUGCUUGUGCCGCACCGGCCUCACCCACACUUAUGCUCCGCAUGAUCUGGAAGACAUACAAUACACCUCCUGAAAAGCUGUCCAGCUGUCCACGGGAACUUCAAGCCGACCUGAACAGCCUUUUCAAUACAUGUCUCUCCCUGCUGAAAGGCCUCCUGCUCUAGCCUCCACAGUCAUUGCAUGCCGCACUGUUCUCAUGCUGCCCUGGAGAUACAGCCAUCCGACACAAAGACAAGGAAACGUACUGCAGCUGGCGGGUGACAACAAUCCCCACAACUGGUUGUAGGCCAUGCAUACACACUCGCGCGGCUGACCGGGGCCACCGGCAAAUAAACCCAUGGAGUCGACAGCUGCACAGGUGCCAAAAUGAUUGUGCGUUUGGCUCGGGAGCCUUAAUAUCCGUUCAGCUUGUCAGGAGCUCCGAUGGGGUAACUUUGCUGGCAUGCGCCCCCUUUAUAUCACAGGGAGUUCCAAGCGAUCUUGACCUGCAUGGAUCAUGCCUUUUCUUGCUUUGAUCACCACGCAUUCUGUUCCACACAAAUUAGAAGGAAACUCCUCUU